AUGAACAUCAUCAAGCUGCAGAGGAAAUAUCCUCAAUUCCAACAGCAGGAGAUCUUUGGUCUCCAGGAUGCCUUCCGCAAGCUCGACAUCGACGACAAGGGCUAUCUUGACGAAGCAACCGUCAUCAAGGCAACACAGAAUACAGAAAGGCAGCCUUACGAUGUAGUAAGGCAAGCGCUGAAAGAAGUGGAGCUGGACAGUUCGAGAAGAGUGGAACUGGAAGACUACGUAGACCUCAUCUCCAAGCUCCGUCAAUCCUCCCCAGCCCAGCAACGCAUGUCGACAGGCCCCUCCCGACCGAGCGGGUACAGUGGUAAUGCACCCCCAGCGUCUCCUAAACACGCCUCGAAAGGAAGCACGGGUGGAGGCACUACAGGCGGCGGGAGGAUACAAGUCCAAGGCUCAUCAGCGAAUGUCACCCACACCAUCAACGAGGAUGAGCGAACCGAGUUCACAAGGCACAUCAAUGCAGUACUGGCCGGCGACCCGGACAUUGGUAACAGGCUGCCCUUUCCAACGGAUACAUUUGAGAUGUUCGAUGAGUGCAAGGACGGGCUGGUGCUUGCUAAGUUGAUCAACGAUAGCGUGCCGGACACGAUCGACGAGCGUGUACUGAACAGACCCGGGAAGAAGAUCAAAACGCUCAAUGCCUUUCAUAUGACGGAGAAUAACAAUAUUGUUAUCGAAUCCGCGAAGGGUAUUGGAUGCUCGGUGGUCAAUAUUGGUAGUGGAGACAUUAUGGAAGUGCGAGAACAUCUCAUUCUUGGUCUGAUUUGGCAGAUCAUCCGAAGAGGUCUCCUGGGCAAAAUCGACAUCAAACUACACCCGGAAUUGUACCGGCUGCUCGAGGAGGAUGAGACGUUGGAGCAGUUUCUGCGGCUGCCCCCAGAGCAGAUCUUACUACGCUGGUUUAACUACCAUCUGAAGAACGCAAAAUGGCACCGAACCGUAUCAAACUUCUCCAACGACGUCAAAGACGGCGAAAACUACACCGUCCUCCUCAACCAGCUCAAGCCCGAGAUCUGCUCCCGCGCUCCUCUCCAGACCCGCGACCUCCUGCAACGCGCCGAACAAGUCCUCGACAAUGCCGACAAGCUCGACUGCCGCAAAUUCCUCACCCCCACCUCCCUUGUCGCCGGAAACCCCAAACUCAACCUCGCCUUCGUCGCGAACCUCUUCAACACCCACCCAGGCCUCGACCCCAUUACCGAAGAAGAAAAAGCCGACAUUGAAGACUUCGACGCCGAAGGCGAGCGCGAAGCUCGCGUCUUCACGCUGUGGCUGAACUCGCUCGACGUGCGCCCAACCGUCGUCUCCUUCUUCGACGACCUACGCGACGGCACCGUACUGCUGCAAGCCUACGACAAGGUAAUCCCCGGUAGCGUGAACUGGCGGCACGCGAACAAGCCGCCCGCGUCCGGCGGCGAGAUGAUGCGGUUCAAGGCCGUCGAGAAUACAAACUACGCCGUCGAGCUUGGCAAACAGAACCACUUCAGCCUCGUCGGGAUCCAGGGCGCGGACAUCACAGACGGCCAGCGCACACUCACCCUCGGCAUGGUCUGGCAGCUCAUGCGCAAGGACAUCGUCAACACGCUCUCGGCGCUUGCGCAGCGCCUCGGGAAGCGCGAGAUCACGGACGCGGAUAUGGUGCGCUGGGCUAAUGAUAUGGUCAAGAAGGGCGGAAGGUCCAGCUCCAUCCGCAGUUUCAAGGAUCCGAGUCUGGGCACGGGCGUGUUUUUGCUGGAUGUGCUGAAUGGCAUGAAGAGCGCAUAUGUCGACUAUGACCUUGUGGCGAGUGGGAGGACGGAUGAGGAGGCAUAUUUGAAUGCGAAACUGGCGAUUAGCAUUGCGAGGAAGAUGGGGGCCACGAUUUGGCUUGUUCCGGAGGAUAUUUGCGCCGUCAGGAGCAGGUUGAUCACGACAUUUAUUGGGAGCUUGAUGGCGACGUAUGAGAAGAUGGGGUCGUGA